AUUGACAGAACGACAGGAAUCUGUUCGUUUUGUGGCGGUUUUAACAGAUAGUACAUUAUAACAAUCUGCGUGAAAUCGACUUGUCAGCUAGAUAUUGACUAUUCAAGGGGACUAUUUUGGGAGGGGGGCGGGGCCACCUGCGUUAAGGUGAGAAGAAAAAUAUCCUCUAAACUACACUGUACUCAGGUUUACUUUCACACUCUAGAAGUGUGUGAUAUUAUUUAUCCCGGCUGUUUUUUUUUUUUACGAGGAAUAGGAAAUGAAGAAAUCAUCUUCAGGUCCACCAGCCAGGUCCAGCAGUGGCAGGUUUAGGAGGCUAGAGAGAGGAGAUUCUACUGGUGCUGUGGGGACUGCACUAAAACGGUCAUUUGAAGUAGAGGAGGUUGAUUCACCCACAAAUCCUUCACAGCUUUCACGCCGAAAUGUCAAUCCCCUUCGCUCCUCUGCCACAAGCCGUUUUCAUGAACUGGGAUCCCGGAACUCUGAAAACUCAUCCAGACAUGGCUCAGAAUCCUCAUCCAGUGGCCAGCGUUCUCCCAAGAGCAGUGGGCGGCGCAUGGAUCUUUCGCGCCGCACUGAAAUCUCCAUCGACAUCUCCUCCAAACAGGUGGACAGCUUGCCCAGCCCAGGAAUUAACCGCUUUGGCUUGAGGCGACCAGAGAUCUCGCUUCAUAACAGAGUUCCAGAGCCGAGCUCACCCAGAAGGGCAGAGAUAACCCUUUCACGAGCACAGGAACCAUUAGCUGCCUAUCGAAGAGCUGAUGUGCCUUCCUCGGCUGCUAGAAAUCCUGAAUCUGUUCAGAAAAAGGCUGAGUCUCCUAGCACAGCAGAGAGUAUGUCAUUGCUAGGCAGACGGACUGAGCCACUGCUUAACAGACAGGUAGAGACUCCAUCUCCAUCCAGAGAGUCUGAGAACAGCUUCUCUUCAGAGGCCAGCAUGACCCCAAGCUUUACUGAAUAUAAAACCACACCAGCAGCUCAGGAGAAUUCCAGCAGAGCUACGGACAGGCAGGAGGUCAUUUCCAGCCAUAGUUAUAAUAGCAGCAAUAGCAGUAUGGCAGAGCCUGUAAUUCCUGAAAUGCCCCCGGCCGUGUGCCCAGAGAAGCCAAGCGUGGACUUCAGCUAUGUGGGCAUUGAUGCCAUCUUGGAACAGAUGAGGAGGAAGGCCAUGAAACAGGGCUUUGAACUUAACAUCAUGGUAGUAGGUCAAAGUGGUCUGGGCAAGUCCACACUCAUGAACACCCUAUUCAAGUCCAAAGUUAGCCGAAAGUCAGUCAUGGGAACAGCUGAGGAGCGCAUACCUAAAACUAUUGAGAUCAAGUCCAUCAGCCAUGACAUUGAAGAGAAAGGUGUAAGGAUGAAGCUGACCGUCAUAGACACUCCAGGUUUCGGUGAUCAGAUCAACAAUGAGAACUGUUGGCAGCCCAUAAUGAAGUUUAUUAACGAGCAGUAUGAGCAGUACCUACAGGAGGAGAUCAACAUUAACCGUAAGAAGAGGAUUCCUGACUCACGAGUUCAUUGUUGCAUAUACUUUAUCCCACCCACAGGACAUUGUCUAAGGCCCUUGGAUGUGGAGUUUAUGAGACGACUGAGUAAAGUUGUAAACAUUGUCCCAGUUAUCGCCAAGGCUGACACCUUGACCCUAGAGGAGAGGGACUUCUUCAAGAAAAAGAUCAGGGAAGAACUGAGGGCCAACAACAUUGACGUCUAUCCUCAGAAGGAGUUUGACGAGGAUACAGAGGACAGACUGAUCAAUGAGAAAAUAAGAGAGAUGAUUCCUUUUGCAGUGGUGGGGAGUGACCAAGAGUACCAGGUCAAUGGGAGGAGACUCUUAGGAAGGAAAACCAAAUGGGGAACCAUAGAAGUUGAGAAUAUUGCUCAUUGUGAGUUUGCCUACCUGCGGGACCUCCUUAUCAGAACCCAUAUGCAGAACAUUAAGGAUAUCACCAGCAGCAUCCACUAUGAAAUGUACCGUGUGCGUCGCCUUAAUGAGAACAACAUGCAGGCCAAUGGGCUCUCUGAGCACCACCCAGCCUCACAUGAGAUCUAGUGCCUUCAUCCACUCCCUUCUCUUACUGUAUAUCCCUCUUUCCUGUUCUCUGCACUCCACCUGCCACCCCGUUCCACUCUCGCUUUUUCAGCCAGAGACAGAAUCAGCAUGAAAUGGAGUCAGCUAAUUCUCCUGAGAAAGGCAUGUUACAAAUUUAUCCCCCAUGAAAUCCAGCACACUACCGUCCCAUGCCUCCUGCCUGCCUUCUCUAACCUACAGACAGAGGAAUGCAGAGGUUUUGCACACCCUCACACACACACCCAUACACACACGUACAGCUCAAUGCUCCCUCACUGACCUCAUCCACAUGUCCACUCAUGUUGUGUGUGUCCACUCAACUCACCCAGCUUCAUGUUUCAGGUCUCUGACUAAACCGCAGAUGAAGAGACCAAAAUGCGGUGCUUGUAAAAUGUAUACACCUUUUGCUUUGAUAUUACAAUCAGCACUUCAUAUAAACAUCAUCUUUUUUGAUUGUCAUAUUGAUUUUUUUUUUUUUUUUUUUUUUGCUGUGCUGCUUCAUCAAUAAUUUGAAAGUCCAGGCUCUGUGGCUUUCUAAAGCCAAUGCUGAAAGCACCAGACCUGAACCUUCAGUCAUUCAGGAGCCCAACUACUAAUUUGCACCUGCUUAGUGAUUAAGUGGUUAAGAGAAAGAAAAAAAAACUGGUCCAAAUGCAGAUAGAUAUGCACACGUUCAUGAGUGAGUUGAUUUUUGUGUGCCCAUGUCUGAAUCCUUAUUAAACAGUAAUGUUCAGGUUGUGAACAACAGUAAUGUUUAAUAUUAGAAUAUAAUAAAUAAAACCAUGUUUUUUCAGUCAGUAAUAACAAUAGUGUUUGUUACAACACCAAUAAUAACUUGUCCAAAAUGCUUUUGUUGUUGUUUUGUUUUGUAACAGGGAGAUACAGAUUAAAAAUAAAGUGUAGUUUGUGCAUUGUGUUCGCACUGCUGAGGUAGGUUUUUUCUGGAAAUGUUGUCGUUCUGGAAACUACUAUUUAUAAUUUUAUACUACAUCUAAUCCAAACUAAACAAUGAAGGGAUUAACUGUCUUCAUGAUACGUUGGUCAUGAUACAUUCCUUUUGAACUCUGUGAACGCUGUUUGCAUUACUGUGAGGAAACAUUGGCUUUUAUUCAUUAUCACAAUAUUGUUUAAUAGAGUGGUCAUAAAACCCAAUUGAAAGAUCCACUGAACAACUUCAGGCCCUGUUGCUUGGGCUGGAUGUAUGUUGCAUGGUGGUUUAUAGCUGAUGACGUGAACGUGUUACAAUCUGGGAGUCCAUUUAUUCGUUUUACCUGGAUGAUGUAUGUCGGUGUUGCAGUUAAUAUUACAGAUCUUCCUGUUGUGUUGUAUAAUUAUACAGAUUUUUACAAAUUUUUUUCCAUAUAAAAUCACUGUAUUGUCAGUGACUUUAUGUCCCAGUGUGUGCCAGUGUGCCUUAUUAUAUCUCUUAUUCCUAUUUACCAUUUAAAUAAGAAAUGACUGAAGCAUCGUUACAAACCAAAUAAAAGAUAUUUCCCACAUUGUAUGGCCUUACAAUCAUCUCCAAACCUUUUAACUGCAUUUAAUUGGAGAAAUGCCAUUGUAUUUUGUCCUGUGCUGUAUAUUCACAAUUCAUUUGUUUUUACUGGUAUUAAGAGUAACCCAAAUAUCUUUGAUAUCUGCUAUUUUAAUGAAAUAAAGAUGGAAAAUGA